AUGAUCGAUGAAGUGCAAGGGGAUACUUGGGUAGUGGAGAUCAGGGCUCGGUUGAGUGAUGAAGGGUGGGAUGACUGGGUAAUGGAGAUCAGGGCUCGGCUGAGUGAUGAAGGGUGGGAUACUUGGGUAAUGGAGAGCAGGGCUCGGCUGAGUGAUGAAGGGUGGGAUGACUGGGUAAUGGAGAUCAGGGCACGGCUGAGUGAUGAAGGGUGGGAUGACUGGGAAAUGGAGAUCAGGGCUCGGCUGAGUGAUGAAGGGUGGGAUGACUGGGUAAUGGAGAUCAGGGCUCGGCUGAGUGGCGAAGGGUGGGAUGACUGGGUAAUGAAGUCCAGGGCUUGUUUGAGUGAUUAA